AUGAAUAAAACACAGGCAUUCAAUAAAAUUCAAACUGCAUGUGGCUAUGUUUUUAAAAACAUUAAUCUUUUGGAUGAAGCUUUAACACACGACAGUAAUCGGGUGAAUGAUCGUGCUGUACCUACGUAUCAAAGGCUUGAAUUUCUUGGUGAUAGUGUAUUGAAUUUAGUCGUCAGUGAACAUCUCUAUCGUAAUAAUCCAGAUUUUAAUGAAGGUCAAUUGACAAAUAAACGAAAAGAGCUCAUUGAAUCGAUAAAACAAAUACAAAUUGCCGAAAAACUCAACAUCAAGGAUUAUAUCUCAUUCGGACAGAGUGUUCGAAGGGAACAAUUUUCGAAAUAUCACAGUUUUGUGGAAUCAUUAAUUGGUGCUGUUUAUAUUGAUGGUGGCCUAGAAGAAACACGUCGAGUUAUUCAUCGGCUUUGGGAACUCAGUGGCAACUCUGAUGCAGCUAAUAAUCGAACUUAUUGUGUAAUAUCAUAA